AUGGGUUUUCUAAGCCGACUGCGCAAGCGCUCCAAAAGCCAGAGUCGCGUGAGGAGAAACCCCUCCUGGGACCUGCGCUUCGAAUCCCACGACCCUCUGCCUCCGUUACCCCCGUCGGGCCCCGAUUACACCCAGAAGCUCCCACGCCCCGUGCUCCGUCGGAUUUUCGCCUCGGUCUGCCCGCAUACCGUGGAUAACAGUUAUGAUACCUCGGAGGAGUCGAUGACCGAUGAUGGCUGCAUGCUGUGUGAUAUGCGCGAUCUCGCCCACUGUGCGCUCACCUGCAAGCGCUGGUUCACCGAUGCACGCGAAUUGCUUUACACCCACGUCCGCAUCGACCCCGUCCAUUAUUGCGAACUCGAGGUCGAAUUGGCCGCCAAACGGAAACGUCGCUCCUUCUUCGACCGCAAUGGCGACCCCAUUGACGCCCCAUUGGUGCGCCUGAACCUCUUUAUGCGAUCGGUCCGACAGUCUCAGGGUCUGGGAAAUAUGGUGUUAUCCUUGCGCAUGCCUUAUAUGACCCGGGAGGCCAGCAAGGCGGACAUCGCCCGCACCGUCUCGGUUCUACCCAAUCUGCGCUACGUGGACCUCCCGGCCGGCAUCUACAGUGACGACCAGUCCUGUUUGGCCUUGAAGCAAGAGCUCAUGGCCCGCUGUCCGGAUAUCCGCCGGAUGAGUUACCGUCACGGUGCCGAAGGGAGCUUCUCCCAAAUCCCCUCCUCGCACUUGUGGGUGAACCUGGAAGUCCUAGAGCUAUCCAGUCUACACAUCGAGCCCAACAUCCUGCGGUUCGGUCUGGGGUCGUUCCCUCGGCUGCGGGAUCUGACCUUGAGCGACCUUCCCUGGUUGGACGACCCCGCCUUUGCUCCCUCCCAGUCUCUCCCCCCAUUUCCACCCGUACAACGGCUCACACUUCGAGAUACCCCUAAUGUCACGGCAAGCGGGCUUGCCGGUUACUUCGCUCAUUCUUCGAACCGCAAUGCGCUGGUGUCUCUCACACUGUCCACGACGGGAGUCCAUCCGGCGACUUUGCAUCAAAUCGUCGCUGCUACGCCCCGUCUACGUGCCUUGUCGGUGGUCCAAGAGGUUGCGCGGUCGUUCCCCGCGGACAAGGUGCCACCACUGGCGUCGAGGUCGCUUGAAUUGUUCCACUACGAGAUUACCUCUGCUUCGGGAUCCUAUGGCCUUCCUCCCGUAGCCCCAUCGUACUAUAACUACUUGGUGUCUUCCUUGGUGUCCAACACGCUUCCUGCCCUGCGCGACCUCUAUGUCCGGGACUCCAACUUCCCCGAGACGCUGCUACUUGCGCCGCCGCCUCGACUGUUUGGCGGCGGCGAAAACGGACCCCAGUUUGCUGGCGUCCUGGCCCAGCCACUCAAUGUGUACAGCAAGGGGCUGGAUGAACUGGAAUGGAACUUUACGCCGUACGAGCCCCCGGCCACGCGAGGGCGCCGAGACAGCACCACGCGGCCUGUGAGUUUUCACGACGCGCAGCUCGGUCGGUCCUGGGGCGGAGACGCCCGGAAAAGCGUGUUGGUUGGAAACGGAUUCGGCGGAUUCCUGGCAGUACCCGUGGACAAUGAACGGCCUCGCAGUAGUGGUGGUUGGCGACGGGAGAGUCGACAGGAUCUAUGGCGACUGAAACACAACACGGACAUCCACCUCCACCGGAGUUUCACCUGUUUAUACUGCAUCGUACCGAAGCAAUUGAAUCGCAAUGGCGAGGGUCGCCUCCCAGCCCUAGGCUGGAACUCCUGGAACGCAUUCAACUGCGACAUCAACGCGACCAAGAUCCUUACUGCGGCCGAACAGGUCGUGAAUCUGGGCCUGAAGGAUCUAGGCUACGAAUACAUCAACAUCGACGACUGCUGGUCCGUCAAAGACCACCGCGACCCCAACACGCAGCGCAUCAUCCCCGACCCGACCAAGUUCCCCAAUGGAAUCUCAGGCCUUGCGUCGCAGAUCCACGGCAUGGGCCUGAAAGUGGGAAUCUACAGCAACCUGAAAUACGACAACUGCGGCGUCCCACAGAACUGGACAGACCAAUACAGCUUCUGCGUCCCUGACAGCUACGACGACACCGUCUUCCCCAACGGCACCUGUCCGGACCUCUCCAACCCUGCCCCCGCCGACUACAACUGGAGCACCUCGCGCACCGCCCAGCGCUAUACCGCCAUGCGCGACGCCCUCCUCGCCGUCAACCGGACGAUCUUGUACUCGCUGUGCGACUGGGGGCCAGGCGGACCGGAAUGGUCGCGCAUCGCGGAAAUCGCCAACGAGAAUAGCUUCCUCAUGAACUACGUCGGGUUCUGGGGCCAUCCGGACCCGGACAUGCUGGAGGUCGGGAACGGGAAUCUGACGCUGGCGGAGAACAGGGCGCAUUUUGCGCUGUGGGCGGCGAUGAAGUCGCCUCUGAUUAUCGGGACGCCGCUGGACCAAAUCGACGACGCGCACCUAGCCAUCCUAAAGAACAAAUACCUCCUCGCGUUCAACCAGGACGCCGUCGUGGGCCGGCCGGCGUACCCCUAUAAAUGGGGGUAUAACCCGGACUGGACGUUUGAUGCGGCGCACCCGGCGGAGUACUGGUCCGGGGCGUCGGUGGCGCUGAACGGGACGCUGGUGGUGAUGCUUAAUUCGGAGGACGGGACGAGCACGCGCACGGCGGUGUGGAGUGAGAUCCCGGAGUUGAAGGCGCUGAAUGGCACUCGGGGGAUGGGGAGGGCACGGGGACGGGCACUGGGACGGCGGGCUGCGGGCGGGUUCAAGGUGACGGAUGUGUGGACGGGGGAGGAUUUGGGGUGCGUGGGGGAGAAGUAUAGUGUGGAGUUGGAGAGUCAUGAUGCGGCUGUGUUGGUUGUUGGGGAGGGUUGUUAG